CGUUAGAAUAAAAUAAAAAAAAUAAAAAAUUAAAUUCUACCAAUAUACAAUAUAAGCUAUAAACAAAAAUAAACCUAUAAACAUAAUAAUCAUAUAUCAUUUAUUUGCACCAAAAUAAGUAAUUUGCAUUGCGAGGUUGAAGUCCGGAACGUUUCACAGUGGCGCCCGCGCCCACACGGAACAUUCUAACGAAGACACGGUGUAACCGUCAAAACAUUCCGUGUAACUCACACCAGUGAGCUGCUGCUGUCAAGCCAACAGAAAGUGCCUCUCCUCGUCUCACCUGUGCAGCCUGCAGGAUGGCCCAGGCAGACAGCAAGGUGCUGGUUCUGGGAGCAUUGGCUGGAGUGGCUGGCAUCAGUCUGGCUGUGGUGUGUUACCGGGGCCUUACGUCGAAGCGAAGGGUCUCGUGGCCGGGGUUCUACCUCAACCGCAAUAAUGAACAUGGGCCUGGCAUCAUGAUGGUGGAUGGUCCAGGUCUGCACGGCGGUCAGGCCGAGGUACUGGAGCGCCUUGAGGCCCUGAUCCAGUGUGUGUCCGAGCUAAAGGAUGAGAUGAAGUCGUUGAAGAACGCUCUGCCGACGCUGCAGCACCAAGUCAGGGAGGAACUGAGGGGACGCGAUGAGGCGCGGCGAGCCAGCCCUCUCCAAAGGACCACACCGACAAGAAGGAAACGGGCUGCAGGUAGCAUCGCUGGGGCCAGAGCUGGAGGUCGGAGCUCAGAGGAAGCAGAGAGUGAGGGAGGGUAUAUGACUGCGCUGACAGACUCUGAGGAUGAAGAGCUAAGCGAUGCAGAACAGAGGGAUGAAGAGCAACCUGCAGACAAGUUAUGCGUCCUCCUCGAGAGGAUCGACAGUUUGCAUCACGGCGCUGAAUCUGACAAAAGGGAAAGUCUUGACCUCCUUUUGGAGCAGAGGGAGGAGUUUGGACAGAACUCAACAUUUCUUUGGCGGCUAAUCCGAGCCUACUGUGACGUUCAUGACGUCAGCUCCACUCUGGAGGAGAAGAAGACCCAUGCAGCAACUGGGAAGACAGUUGGUGAGGAGGCGGUGAGCCUGAACCCUACAUGUGCUGAAAGUCAUCAGUGGUAUGCCAUCAUGUGUGGGAUUAUGGCCGAAUAUGACACCGUGCAGAACAAGAUAAAGAACGGAUACAUCUUUAAGGAUCAUCUGGAUAAAGCCAUUGAGCUGAAGCCACAGGACCCCAUGUCCUACUACCUGCUGGGCCGCUGGUGCUACGCUGUGGCUCAGUUGUCGUGGAUUGAGAGGAAAGUUGCUGCAACGUUGUUUGGAGAUCCUCCAAGUGCAACAGUUGAAGAUGCACUGAAGAAUUUUCUUAAGGUUGAGGAAAUCCAGUCAGGAUAUUCCAAAUGCAACUACGUGUUUCUAGCUAAGUGCUACAAAGACCUGGGGCAGAGGGAUAAGGCUAGGAAGAUGUGUGAAGCUGCUUCUUCAAUGAAUGUUGUGUCCAAAGAGGAUGGAGACGCACAAAAGGAGUUGGACUUACUCUGCCCAGCGCUCGGAGUGUGACGACGUGCACAUAGCACAUUCUUUUGGAAAUGCAUUUUCCAUGUGCUACGGGCUGUGGGUGUGUGUGUGUGUGUGUGUGUGUGUGGAUAUAGUGUGAGGCCAUCAUGUUAAUUCACUCUGUGAGUGGAGGGAGGUGUGCUGUGGCAUUAUAUCAUCUAUCGGAGUAAUAGGCUGCCACAGUCAGAACCGUCCUACAGUGUGUAGUUUUAAAUCAGAUUUGUGUUCUAAUCAUGUUUUUGUUUUUUUCAAUAAGUGGAAAACUAAUUAUUCUCAACUGUUUUUUUUUUUUUUUUUCAAAUUGACGAGAUAAUAAUCAAGUCUAUCAGGUGGAUUUUUGUUGAUUUUAAUGGGAUUAAUCAUAGCUAUAGUAAAUACAGUGUGAUUGUUGGUGUAUAUUCAUGUAUUCCCAGUCGAACUCUGUGUGCAGCAGUGCGUCGCAGACAGACGUCUGAUUGCUCUGAUAGUGAAAGUCUCAAGGUGUGUCUCAAGGAUACCGAUUUUGGGGAGGUGACCCCUGGGGACUUGCUGUUCCUUCCUGUUUUUUUGUUGUGUCUCCCACCACACAUUCAAGUGGCAAUAACAAAAAGCACAUCAGACAAUGGCGCACCCAAACAAAGAUCUAGGAAUGCUGUGACCACUGAACGACCUCUUGCCCUCACGACUCUGCCUUCACUCGGACCGGCUACAUUUAUUAUUUAAUCAUGCCGUUAACGCACACUGAUGAUUAUGUUCUUUAUGGUGUCUUUUCUUUUGUUGUUUACUUUGGCAUCUCUCCAUUGAAGACCUUCAUUAUUCAGUUAUCGCCUGCUACUGUGACAGUGAUGUCACUCCAGUAUAUAACUGCAGGGGUUAUAUGAAGCCGUUGGACAGGUGUUUUGAAGCAAAGUCCCCUUUUUAAUCCAGAGUUCCUGUUGGAAACUUUCAGGAAAGUUUCUCUUGCUGGGGGGGGCUUCCUGAAUCCUUUGAGUUUGAACAUGAAGCUCUGACUGCCUUACAUUUUAUUGGUCUUGUAUUGUUUUUAAAUCUGUGUAAUCUAAAAUCAGUUUCCAAAGCACACCACUCCAAUUGAUACGCCAAGUAAAAAAAUGGUUUAAUGUUUAUACAAGGCUCCUAUUACUCUGCAUAUACAGUAUACAACACCUGAUUAUCCCGUUUAAGGUUAACCCUACCUUUAAGGUUUGCUCAGGUUUCAAUUAUUGUACAAAAAUACCCCGGGUUAAGUCCACACAGGCCACAAUUUGC